AGAUACAGAUACAGAUAGAGAGAUACAUAUAGAGAUAGAGAGCGCGUGAACCCGCUCUAGGGUCAAUUCGGCGAUACAACUCUCUAUGAGUACCACUUCGGUGUUAUCAGCUUGAUUGGAUAAACUGUUGCAACAACCGGAACAACAACAACAACAACAAGGAAAACAAUGCUGCACAUUUGCCUCGCCCUCUCGUUGCUGCUGCUCAGCACACACUCUAGCGCUCGUGGCAAGGAAGUGAGUGGCCUGAGUGCGGCUGCGGAUGCCACGCCCACAUUGCGAGAGCAACGCUAUGCUAACUUUACGGAACUAUCUGAGGCGGUGCAUGCCUCACUGCAGUCACACGAGCGGUGGCAGCAACAGCGUCAGCUGCAACACGGACGCAGCAAGCGAGCGGUGAAGCGUGUCUGCUACAAUGAGUUGGGCUGCUUCGAGGACUCGGGUCCGUUUGCCUAUCUGGAGAUGCUGCCGUCAUCGCCCGAGGAGAUCAACACCAAGUUCUUCUUCUACUCGACUCGCCAGCGCUCUGAUCAGCCGCUGAUGGAAUUGUCGUUCCUCAAUAUGACCGCGGCCUUCGCCAAGGCCAAGGCCAAAGCAAAACGCGAAUCCGAGACGGCAACGGACACCACCAGCUCACCCAGCUCCACAGCUGCCACUGGCAACAAUGCAACAGUCACCGACAGGCCAAGCAGCAGCAGCAGCUCGAGUCCAAAGAAAUCCCCGCCACCGUCCAUCGAUGAUCUCGAGGGUUUCGAUGAACUCUCCGUGCGCGUCAUUGUCCACGGCUUUGGCUCUGCCUGUCCCCAUGUCUGGAUAUAUGAGAUGAAGACGGCUCUGAUGGCAGUGGAGGAUUGCAUUGUCAUCUGUGUAGACUGGGAGAAUGGCGCCACGUUUCCGAAUUAUGUGAGGGCUGCGGCCAACACGCGUCUGGUGGGCAAACAGUUGGCCAUGUUGUUGCGGCAUCUGGAGCAGCACAAGGGCCUUAAUCUGAUGCGCACCCAUGUGAUUGGCUUCAGCCUUGGCGCCCAUGUCUCAGGAUUUGCCGGCGCCGAGUUGCCCGGACUGUCGCGCAUCACCGGCCUGGAUCCGGCCGGACCGCUCUUUGAGGCACAGCAUCCGAAGGUGCGACUGGACAGCAGCGAUGCCGAAUUCGUCGAUGUGAUACAUUCGAAUGGCGAGAAUCUGAUAUUGGGUGGCUUGGGAUCGUGGCAGCCAAUGGGACAUGUUGAUUACUAUCCAAAUGGCGGUCGUGUGCAGACGGGUUGUUCCAAUCUCUUUGUGGGCGCCGUCACGGACUUUAUCUGGUCUGCCCAGGCGGCGGAGGAUGAGGAGGGACGUUCACUGUGCAACCAUAGACGCGCCUACAAGUUCUUCAUUGACUCAGUGGCACCGCGCUGCAUGUUUCCAGCAUUCCCCUGUGCCAACUACGACGAUUUCCUUAAGGGAAAGUGCUUUCCCUGCGCACAGGAUGACGAGGAUCUUGCCGAGGGCGUGCCACGUUGUGGCAACAUGGGCUACUAUGCGGACAGAUCGACAGGACGCGGUCAGCUCUAUCUGUUGACCCGAGAGGAGGAACCCUUCUGUGCCCAUCAGUUCCAGCUGCAGAUCUUCAACUCGUUCAACGAUCUUCCGCUGCGCACAAUUGGCCGCCUCGAGGCCAUACUCGAGGGUGAUGGCGGCCUCAAUGAGACCUUUGAGAUAUCCGAAAAGGACGAUGCCGAGUUCUUUGCUGGCGACAUAGUGUCCAAGAUUAUUGUGCCACAUCCGGCGCUGGGCUUUCCCACCACACUUAGUCUGCACUACAAGUCCUACAGCGGUUGGCUGUCCAAGGGUCUGCCCCACUGGGACAUCGACAAGGUGGUGCUGACGGACAGCUUCGGUCGCAGCCAUUCGCUGUGCCGCCCCAGCACAAAGCUCAGCAGCGGAAGUCCGGUGCGCAUGCGUCUGCAGGCGGGCAACUGCGAGCUGGACAAUCAGGAUGACUAUGGGGCGUAUACGACACAGCCGCCGGUUGCCUCGCUGCCGUCGAGCACAGAUGCGCCGGCUGUCGAUUCGAGUGUGCAGGAGUCGGGCUUGAGUGCGAUGAGUGUCGAUGGCGUUGAGAGCGUGAAGCAGCGAAAGGACAUCUUUAAUUUGGGCACCAGUUUUAAGUUGGCACAGAAUCAAACCUAUCCGCUGGAUCAAACCGAUGAGUUGCCCUGGCAGCCCAUACUCGUGGGCAAUUCCCUCGACAAGGAUGCCAAUGAGGCCGAGGCAGCCGAGUCCAGUCGCAGUCUCUCCGAUAAUUUGGCACCUGGCCAACAGCCGAACAACGAGAUAUUUGAACCCGUGCUCAAGGAUCGCCGACUCUCGCUCAAUCGUGGACGCAAUCUGCACGAGCAAACGACAACCGAGGAGAUCGUGGAGCCCGUCCUGAAGGCAACGACGCCACGUGCCAAGCAUGGCAAGGAUCUACAGCUGCCGGACAUUGAGUCUCCUGCCAAAGGCAGUACAGGCAGUAAAAGAAGCAACAAUAGUCCGGAUAGUGGCGCGGCAACACCGCCCAAGAUGAUGGCACAACUGGCCAGCGGGCAAGAGGAGCCGCUGCAGACGGUGCAGCUGCUGCCCUUCCGACUCGGGGAACUGCUGCAACGUGCCGAGCGCUAUGCACGCGAAACACUGUUGCCACUGAUCUCGGUGCAAGCACCGCGCUUCUUUGGCUUCAAUGUGACGCCUCACGAUCGCGAUCAGUCGCGCCCCGGCGAGUCUCGCAAGCCGCGCUACAUUCCACGCUACGAGGAGGCAGCCUUCCUCAAUACCAGCUCGAGCUCAAGCAAUGGCAAUCGACGUCAGUCGGCAACAGAGGACAAGGAUCAGGUGGCCCGACGUAAUCUCUUUAGACUGCUGCGUUCGGAUGGUGCACGAUCCCAGCGGCAGCAUCAGCGACAGCGUCAGGAGCCAACGGUUGCAACGCUGCCAACAGUGGUUGAUCAACCAGGUGAUCAACCAGGAAACGAGAUCAACUACUAUACGAAUAUGCAGCUAACCGAGUCGCGCUCAAUGCGACCUGAAUCGCCGAAUUAUCGUCCAGUUUUCAUUGAUCUACCCACAUAUCGACCGCCCUUGGCAUCCAAGGCGAAAGCCAAGGCGUUGCGACGCGGUCGUGUCCAGCAGCUGACCUGAUGUCCACUGUGAUGGACAGGUCAAGGCAAUCGCUAUAAUUAUAUUUUUUUGUAAACACUAUGUGAUAUGACAAGCUGAUAAGACAUCCGCCGCCGCAGCUCCAUUUCUAUUUUCUUCUUCUUUUUUAUCAUUCGUGUGUCUUUCUUUCGGGCUGCUGCUCGUCCUACUACUUACAAACAAACAAACAAACAAGAAUUUCACUACUUUUCACACUGUGUAAAUAACCGUUUAUGGAAUUUCAAAUUCGUAUUGAACAUCAUCUUAAAUGACUACAGUUAAGAUAGCGAUUAAGUUUAUAAUGUGACAAUUAAAUAAAUUAAUAGAGUGUUAAGUACAUACUCGUAAACACAAGUAUCAUAAU